UUUGACAUUUUGUUUUGUCAAAUGUGUGUCACCUAUAAAUAGUAAUAGAUAAGUGAAUUAUUUCUAAAUCGUGACUAGAUACUUAGGUAAAAAACCGUCUUGAGGCGUGAUUAUAAUGUGAAAACACUUAACAAACAAACACUUCUUUAAUGGGCGAUCGCCAGAGGACGAUUCAACCUGAGGAGAUGGCUACGACAAGCACUGCGGUUACGACGGUCUCCUCACAAAUACAAGAGGCGAACGUAGAACCAGUAACGGUGAUCACUUUGCGACCGACGCGAGCAGCGCCGCGCAAGAAAGUCGGCUGGACCGAGGACACUGUCGACAAUGAACACAUGAACAAGAAGAAAUCCAAAUGUUGUUGCAUAUACGAGAAGCCGCGUAGAUUUGACGAGUCUGAAUCCGAGAGCAGCGAAGACGAGUGCGAGCAUUGCUUCGGUCACGUGGAGCGCCGACACAAGCACCGCACGCAUGCGCACAACGACACUACAGUCGCCACCGCCACCGCCACAGUCGAGUUGCAAAACCAAACAGAGCCGAGCGUGGAGGUGACCUUGCAGCCGCCAGAAGCUCCCCCCGCGCCCCCCGCACCGCCCGCGCCCCCCACGCCGCCCGCCAGUUAGACUGACGCGGACACUAACUCAUUCCUUAUUUAAAUCGUCGUAAGGGAAAUGUUUCUCGUUAUAGACUCAUUUAGUUAGGUUAUAAAAUUUUCUUUGUAAGUUUUCUUUCAAAUAAAUACAUUUACGUAAUAUAAUUUUGUUUUCAUAAACUGAGAAAUAAUAAAUCGUAAAACUGUCAUUUUUCUCCAUAGUUAAACUUUACAAAUACUAUGUAGUUUUAUCACAUAUACGUUUCUAUUUGCUGUUUGUUAAAUAAAAUGCUCUUAAUUAUAUAACUAUAUUUAAAUAGUAUAUAAUGUUCUUUAACAAAGUUAUUUCAGAUUUUAUUGUAGCAAGAUUUAAAAGUAUUAAGUUCCUUUUACUCUAAAUAAUGUAUGUUUACUUUAAAGACUAUUCUGAAAUUCUAUUUAUUACUCUAUGAAUAUUUAAAUCGAGAUCUUGUAGAGAAUGUUUUAUUAUCUAUAAAAUCUUGAAUCUUGAAAUACUAAGAAAUCGUUAAUGUUGCCUUGUUAAAAAACUUGUUAAUAUUUUAAAAGUUCACAGUAGAGACAGUUCAAUAUAAUGUUAAAUUAUUUGAAUUUUUGAAUAUUAAAUAAUUUUUAUAUUGUAAGAGGAAAAAUAUUAGGUCAGGAAAUGUCAAUGUUUUUGCCUUACCUGGGGCCUUAUAUGUUGUUUAAUAUGUAAUUUGAACUUUAAAUUGAAUAUUUAUUAUAUAAUUUUAAAAAAUCUAUACCGGUCAGAGACUAAGUCGAAAUGUAUGGAGAUUGGUAACAAAUGUGUAUUACUUAAUAAAAAAAAGUAUAUGUUUAUUGGAAAUGUUUAAUUGGUGAUUUUGCAAGUGUUAGAGUACUGAGGGUAGAUAUUGAUUUGCCAUUUUGGCGAAUUCUGGUUAAUAUGAAUACUAAUUAAAUAUGUGCGAUUUUACGAACGCGUUUUAACUGUUUCCAAUCAAAAUAGACGUGUGUUAAAGUUGAAUGUUUACAAUCUCCCUAAAUUAUUGUUGAUAAAUGUAUACGUAGAAUUAAUUUUACUUACAUUAAAAUGUAAAUUACAAAGAA